UUCCAAGAGAGGGGAGAGAGGAAUGAGGAGAGAGAGAGAGCCAGAGAGAGGCGCAAGAUUACAUUGCAAGCUCUUUGCAAAAAUGGGCGACGACCGACCUUUUGUGUGCCACGCUCCAGGCUGUGGACAGAGAUUUACCAAUGAGGACCACUUGGCUGUACACAAACACAAGCAUGAGAUGACACUAAAGUUUGCACCCCGGACAGACUCUGUCAUUAUCGCAGACCAGACGCCUACUCCCACUCGCUUCCUAAAGAACUGUGAGGAGGUCGGUCUGUUUAAUGAUCUAGCCAACUCCUUCGAACAAGACGACGAUGACAACAAACGAGCGAAGAACUCUCUCCCUGCUGCCUCUUCAGUGGCUUUGGACAUGAGCCUACAGACACCAUCAGAUGUGAAGGUGAAAGAGGAAACGCCUGUGGAGGUUGACUCCUCGCCACCAGACAGCCCUGACUCAAUUUCUGCAACACCAGAGAGCAGAAGAGAGCUCUUGGUCAAGGACAUGCCACCCAGGAGCUCAGCACCGACACCCACCAUUGUGCGCCCAGGUUCCCUUCCGCUGCACUUAGGCUUUGACGCCUUUCAGCCCACCAUGCCGUCGCCCACCUCCGUUAUCACACAGGCACCACCUUCUAAUCGCACUUUAGGUUCACCAACAAGCCACUACUCCAUGAUGAUGCUCCCCUCGGGCCAGGCAGUGCCUGUCCUUCCAGGGCCUGUUCAGAUGCCAUCUGUCAUCAACCUUGCCCGACCCAUGUGCAUGGUACCAAACAUUCCCGGGAUCCCUGGUCCUCCUCUGGGAAGCAGCAGCAGUGGUUCAAACUCCCCUUCUGGCUACAGCAUCCACUGUGAGGCCAAGAUGCGUCUGAAGGCAGCGUUGUCCCAGCAGAGCCCAUCUGGACACAGCAUAGCCAUGAUGGGCAUGGGCAACAGCCCCAUGGUGCCUCAGAGAGCCGAACAGAGCCAGCUGCUUGUCCAGCAGCCAGACGCUCCAUCACCUGCACAGCCUCAGGUAUCACCAGCACAGCCCACAGGUGGGCGUCGGCGACGGACGACAGACGAUGACCCAGACGAGCGAAGGCAGCGCUUCCUGGAGAGGAAUCGAGCGGCGGCAUCACGAUGCAGGCAGAAACGCAAACUGUGGGUCAACUCUUUGGAGAAAAAGGCAGAGGAGCUCAGCACCAUGAAUGUCUCGCUGUCGGUACGUCAGUGGGCUUUGAGUGAACGAGGUGUCGCUGUUGAGAAACGAGGUAGCUCAUUUGAAGCAGCUGCUGCUGGCGCACAAGGACUGUCCUGUCACCACCCUGCAGAAGAAAUCCGCCUACCUGGUAGCUGUCGACGAGAGUAUGAAAGAUACCUCAGAGCCUACGGGUUCCCCCGCCCCGGUGAUCCAACACAGCUCGUUGGCGCCCAGCCCUUCUGCUGGUCAUAAUGGCCUGAGCUCAAGGGCGGCGGCCGAAGCCAUGGCCAUGUCUGUGUUGGCCGGAUUGGGUCAACAGCAAAACGUCGAGAGUGGAGCAUCUCACAUUAUCAUGGCCGCGCAUUCGCAGUCCUCCGCCAGAUGAUAAGCAAUGUCGCCACGCAGACUCGCCUCACGUUUGCCACUCAAGGAAGAAGAGCAGCAUCUUCUCAGCCCCUUAAAGCCCCUCUUCUGUCGAGCCAUCACGCUGUGGCCUGGAGCUCAGUAGCAGCCUUCUGGAAAUGGACUGAGACUUUUGAAAGAGCUUCCUGUUCACUUUGCCGUUGAUGACAGGGGCUGGACUCCCCCUUUUGCUCCUUGUUGUGUCUCCAAACCCUCACUCAAUGGUUGACAUGUUCCACUCACACAUAACAGAGCAGACAACACUCACUGGCUGGAUUUAUACAGUACGUCGAAGUGCCCAGGAGGUUGUUCCUUUCUGUGGCUGGAUUGGAUUCUCACUCUGGCAGAACCUGGUAUUAACCAACUUUUUUUGAACAAAGAACUUCGAUUUGGACCUUCUGUGCCUUGUGUGGUGUAUUUGAGUCCAUCUGUAUUUAUGUUUGAUGAGAAGGAGCACCGAGUGAAGAUGACUGCUGCGUUAGCAUCUCACACUAGCAUAUAGCAGAUUAUUUUAGAUGUAUUUUUUUGUUCAUCCAUAUUCGAUAUCACUACGGUUCCAAAACAAUCCGCAUGCACACGUCCCAAAAUGCACAUGAACAACUACACAAGUGACAACAUGGAAGUAAAUGUUAUGUAGUUGUAGUUGUCCUGGAGGGGUCCUUUCUCCCAUCCCACUCCAUCUAGUCCUUAUGCUCUAUAUGAAGUAUUACAUAAUACUACAGUGUCGUGGGGAGAAAAAAAAUCCCUUUUCCCAUAUUCUUAUUUUUUCUUUGCAAAAAUAUCAGCAAACAAAUCUAAGUAUCAGACAAAGAUAACCCAGGUGGACAUAAAGUGCAGUUUUUAAAUGGUGAUUUUUAUUUAAGGGGAAAAAAAUAUUCAAACCUACCUGGCCCUGUGUGAAAAAGUAAUUACCACCCAUGUUAAAUCAUUAAUUAAUUGUGGCUCAUCACAUUUUUUGGAAAGCUGAGUUCAUUUUCAUUGACCACACUCAAGCCUGAUUAGCUCCAGACCGGUUGAAUCAAGAAAUUACUUAAAUAGAACCUGCCUUACAAAAUGAAGUUGGGCAAAAGAUCUCAAAAAGCUGCAACAAAUUGCGACGAUCCAAAGAAAUUCAAGAACAGAUUAGAAAUAAAUAUGUUGACAUGUAUCAGUCUGGCAAGGGUUACAAAGCCAUUUCUAAAGAUUUAGGACUCCAGUGAAACAUGGUAAGAGCCAUUAUCCUCACAUGGAGAAAACAUGGGAGAGCAGUGAACUUUCCCAGGAGUUGCUGGUACAAAAAUUACCCCAACGGCACAGUGACGCCUCAUCCAGGACAUCACUUGGGAAUUUAGGACAUCAUCUGAAGAACUGUAGACCUCUCGCCCCAGUUAAAAUUAGUGUUUAUGACUCAAAAAUAUGGAAGAGACUGGCUGGAAACCACUGCUGACCAAAAAGAACAUAUUGUCUUGCUUUUGCAAAAAAAUAUAUUAAUGAUUCCCAAGACUUCUUGGAGAAUAUUCUAUGGAGUGACGACACUAAAGUUGAACUUUUUGGAAGGUGUGUGUCUCUUUACAUCUGGUGUAAAUGUAACACCAUUUCAGAAAAAGAUCAUGCCUACAGUCAAACAUGGUGGUGGUAUUGUGAUAGUUUAGGGUUGCUUUUUUACUGCAGGAUCUGGAUGACUUGUUGUGAUUGAUAGAACCAUGAAUUCUGCUCCUUACCAGAAAAUCCUGAAGGAAAAUGUCCGGCCAGCCGCUCGUGACCUCUAGCUGAAGCGCACAGGACAACAAUCCAAAACACACCAGCAAGUCAACUUCUUAAUGGCUUAAAAAAAACUAUUUAGGUUUUAGAGUGUCUUCUCACUCAAAAAAAAAAUAUAUAUAUUAAAUAAAUGAAGGUUUUGGAGUGUCGAGUCAAAGUCUGGACUGACUCCAGUGUUGCAGGAUCAAAAUUCUGCAGGGAAGAGUGGUCCAAAAUAUCUUCACACAGAUGUGAAAAACUAAAUGCCAGUUAUAGAAACCAAUUAUUGGGUUUAGGGGGCGAUCUUUCACACACAGCCAAGUAGCUUUGACAUUUUUUUUUCCUUAAUAUAUACAAUCACCAUUUAAAAACUGCAUUUCAUGUUUACUUGGGUUAUCCAUCCAUCCAUUUUCUGAGCCGCUUCUCCUCACUAGGGUCGCGGGCGUGCUGGAGCCUCUCCCAGCUAUCAUCGGGCAGGAGGCGGGGUACACCCUGAACUGGUUGCCAGCCAAUCGCAGGUGGCACAUACAAACAAACAACAUUCGCACUCACAUUCACACCUACAGGCAAUUUAGAGUCCCCAAUUAAUGCAUGUUUUUUGGGAUGUGGGAGGAAACCGGAGUGCCCGGAGAAAACCCACGCAGGAACGGGGAGAACAUGCAAACUCCACACAGGCGGGACCGGGGAUUGAACCCCACUCCUCAGAACUGUGAGGCUGACGCUCUAACCAGUCGCCCACCGUGCCGCCUUACUUGGCUUAACUUUGUCUAAUAUUUUGUUUGAUGAUGUCAAACAUUAAAGUGGGGGGGAAACGGCAAAUAAAUAAGAAUUUGAGAAGAGGGCAAAUACUUUUUCACAGCACUGUAUGCGUUCGCUGCAUUUUGGAUCUGUGUGUGCAUAACAUUAUAUGUUUGUGCAGACGCGGCUUCUAUGAGUCAAUCAAAUUCGAUGCUGUCACACUCAUUUACGUUUAUCCCAUCUGUGCAUUUAUGCUGCGGUCACAUUACUAACAGGUAAUCAGAUUUGUAUCCACAUCUGCAAAGGGCCUGAUUUUGACCUGAGGAUAUCCGAUUUUAUGCUUUUUUUUUUUUUUUUUUUUUUUUUUUCAUCCCCAUUGUGCCAAAAGUCUGAAUUGUGGCUUGACGCAUGCAGUGUAAAUCCAUCUUUUUAAAUAUUUUCACACAAAGAGUGCCUCGACUUUUUAGCCAUGCAAACAGACAAAAACACACACACACGCUCCAUAGCUCUUAAUUCAAAUACUCCCAAAUAUUUUAUAACAUGCUUCACACACACACUGAUGUCAAUUUAAAAAUCUUACCUCAUGUUACACCCCUUUACGAGACAACUUAUAAACUGUCAAUGGUUCUAUGUAAAUCCCAACAUAGCGCUUUGCUUACGCCUCAUCAUAUGUGAUAGCUAGAUUUAUUUUCUUCUUUUGGCCUACUUUUAUAUGCAGCUUUAUGUACAGUAUAUUCAAAAUUGGCACGUUCGCCAAGAUGAGUAGAAAGAAGUGGUUAAAAUACUAAAAUGAGUUGUGAGUCAUCAAUAUGUUUUUCCCUCCUGAAGGGAAUUUGUUUCCAUCUUAGUAACAUUUCAACGUGUGUGAGUUGUGACUUAAGCUGCACUGUAACUCAGGAUUGCACAUUCUUGCUGCUUGUAGAAAUGGGAUGCAUCCCACAUGCUCCUUACCAAAAAAUAAAAAAUUUAAUACAAAAUACAAAGCCAUAUACAGUAUAAUAUGACCACAAAUAGAAGAAAAAAAAGUCCACCUCUGAAAGUUUUUCUCUCUGUUGCCACGAUUUCAUUGCUUCGAAUUGCACUUCUUGUCUCUGAUCAGUUGGCCUUAAAAUCAUGUGUGCCUCUUCAUAUCCCACGUAAACAUUCUUUUCUGGACAAAAAUAUAUUGAACAGGGAUUCAAAGGUUAAGAAUGAAUCAUGGUAAUUUACACCAUCCACUUUUGUAUUAUGGAAACAAUACUGUCAUCUGGUGAAGAAAUGGGGUUACAACGUGCAAAUAUUUUCCGUUUUCUUGUCAUUUUUUAAAUCCCUUUUUCCCGUGGGAUGGUCAUAAAGCUGCAAAAAAGAAAAGGAAAAACCCGGAAAAAACAUCUUUGUCUAAUGUACGGGCAUGUACUUAUGCACUAAAACUAUUGCAGGAAUGUGGUUGCUUGGGUCAUUGUGCCUUUCAUGCUGUUGUUCUUAUUCUGACAAUCUUUUGUUUCAAACAUAUUUAAAAUAUCAAUUAUUUUCCUUUUUUCUGUACUGUAAAACAUCAAUGGGGGAAUAACUCAUUUCACAUUUGGCUGCUUUUCAAAUUUGUAUAAAUUCAAUGUGUUCACUUGUUCAUUUCUGCCUUUUCCCCCAGAACUGUACAGCUUGCUACGGAACACUUCAUCAUGAAUUUGGGCUUUUCCCCUAACUUAUUAACAAAAAUCACGACAGUCGUCAGCAUACUAACUUGACCUGUAGUUAUAGUAGUGAAAGGAGCAAUUUGUAGAAUAUGUUGCAACAAUCUUAGUUGCAUUCACAUUGUUUUAUUUUUGUAACACUCCCAUGGUAUACUGAUGAUUGGAUAACGUCAUUUUACUGUAAAUAUCUAUCAUACAAAUAUAUGUACUUGUUCAUGCAUGUCCAAGUGGAUACUAUGAACAUAAACAGUUUUGCUGCAGUUUUCAUAAAAGAUAUGAGGCGUUAUGAGCAGUGAAGCAUAUUUGUUUUCAGUUACCGUUGGUUCGCAAAACUAUACUUUCAUAUUCACUGAUUGUUUACUAGUUCUCAAAUUCAGUUGCAGAUCAUAUACUGAGAACUUCAACAAAGUGAGAAAUAAAACAUGUUUUAUACAGUUUUGUAUGUUCA